GCCGACAAACAACUGUCCACUUCACUUAUUAUACUAUUCAUAUUCUUUUUCAUCACUUAACAUAUGUAAUACGCUACGUUUUACAUCUAAAAAAAGAGGAACAAGUUGAACAACAUAGGCAGAUGAAAAAAUUUACCACUGUAUUUUCGUAAAAUAAUGAAAACAACAACUGAGCAGCAGGAUAUAUUUAUAGAGAUUAAUAAAUGACAGUCAGAAUGAAGCCAUUCCUAAGGAUACUCCACAUCAAGUUUCAAACACCGCUGAAUGUAUUGUGACCAGUAUUUUUGCUAUGAUUUUCCUGGCGUAUUGCAUUCAAAUUGUCCACAAGGAUAAUUUACUCAAAAGUGCAAUCCAAGUUGUUAUAAUGACGUCGGUUUUCUACAUGAUGAUGGCGAUUUGUGGAAUAAUAAUACGAGUAUGCAAUUUCUUUGCGGAAAUUCAAUCGAUUGAAACGCAUUACGAUAAUCGAAUCACAAAUCUGUUGAAAGCCACAUUUGAAAUGAAUGGACAAUCUUUAUUUAUAAUGUUCUUUUGUUUGAUGAUUUUGAGUGUCUAUUCUGUGAAGGAAGGUAACCCCGUAGUGUUAACGUGGACGCAUGGACCACUCGCAUGUUUUUUAGCCUUUAUACUGUCUUAUAUUUUGAUCUAUGUUGUUGGCCUAAAUGAAACUAAUUACACGACUGCCCGGACAAUUCGUUCGAUGGCAGGUGUUGAUUAUGGAGGAGGAAUGGCAUUCAGUUAUUUUUACGGAUACUUGAGAAUUGUUUUGCCAGGGCUACGUAAAAAAAUGGAGCUUUAUGAAGCAGAACAAGGUGUUACCAUACCUGUUAAGAAAAUGUUUGUACUUAUCCCAAAGUCCGGGCACAUACCACCGGAUCUUAGUGAUGCCUCGUAUCAAUGGCUCGAAGGGACAACGAGUUUGGAACACAUUGUACAAGAUAGAGCUGGCGUGAAAAGGCGGAAUUACAAAAACACUGUUUACAAAAUUCAUCCCAAUGGUCAAGAGAAAGGUCAUCGUCCAAUUUACGUGACAACGGAGGGUGCAACGCCGAUGUUAACUUUUUGGGAGAUAUUAAUGCAUGAUCAUAAACAAACUAAAACUUUCAAGCAAAAUAGGAUGCAAAUUGUUGCUUCAUUUUAUAAGACUCUAGACGAGUUGAUUGACAAUGAUCCUGAGUGUCGAGAUGUUUGUGAAUUAGUGUAUUACAAUGAUUAUGAAAAAGGAAAGAAAAUAAACGUGGCAGAAAUACUUGUUAGGAGAAUCCAAGCAGAAGCUCCGUUGUCGUAAUCGGCUUCUACAUUUAGAUUUAUUGGAACGAUGCCCUAGAAUGUCCAUUUUUUUUACUAUUCAUUACAUUUUGUACUCGCCUAUUCUUUUUUGUAAUAAAAACAUUAAAAGAAGGAAAGGAUAA